AUCUAUUCUUGCUCCGGGACAGUUAUGUGACAGUUAUGAUGUAGUCGCAGCCAUCUUCCAAGUAAAGAUUGGUUUCUCAUAACGUGCGUUUCGCGGUUUUCAGUCUUCCAUUAUAUUUCAAUGCAUGUCCAGACAUAGUAUCUUAUGCUCUCAAGCUUACUAUAUUUAUCGAUACCUGUUCCUAGUCACGUCGGCAACUGCUCGGCAAAAUGGGACAAAAGAGUCAUUCAAACGCAAUUACUUCCUUCCAACAACAAACACUAUUUUCGAAUUUGUUCUCGAAGGUUGAUCUUCAUCCAGUUCCAUUACCGGAUCGGCCACACAGCUCAAGAUAUGCAGUUAAAUUCGGCUUUGGUACCCCCGCCGCGGGCGCUUCUGUUCGACGUCUUUGGAACAUGCGUCAAUUGGCGCAAGUCCGUCACAGAAUCCUUAGUCACAGAAUGCAAUCGAGCACUGGAGAAUCCAUCCAAAUUAAUUCCCCCGGUUGCACGUUCGGGCGCAGGCAAGAAGGACUGGGCUGAUUUUGCCCAGCGCUGGCGGAACACAUAUAUCACGUUCGUAGCAUCCAUCGCGAAAGAUCCGACGAUACCAUGGAAGACCAUCGACGAACAUCAUCAUGAUUCUUUGAAGGAGCUAUUGGACGAAGCCGGACUCGUUGAUUUGUGGACGCCCGAGGAGGUCCGGGACCUCUCCCUCGUCUGGCAUCGGCUGGAGCCGUGGAACGACUCGGCGGAUGGCAUCGGGGAAUUAAGCAAGGUCGCCUCGACCUGCACCCUGAGCAAUGGGAACCUGAGCCUACUCCGUGACCUGAAGGCGUUUGGCGACUUGCCGUUCACGCACCUCUUCAGCGCAGAACAGUUCAAUUCGUAUAAACCGUCUCCGCGCGUGUACCUUGGGGCGGUCGGCAAGCUCGGAUUGGAGCCGCGGGAUUGCGCUAUGGUUGCAGCGCAUCUGGGCGACUUGAAGGCUGCAAAGGCGUGCGGACUUCGGGCCAUCUAUGUUGAGCGGCCGGGUGAGGAGGGUUGGAAUCAGGAGAUGAUUGCUCAGGCAAAGCAGGAUGGCUGGGUUGACCUUUGGGUUCCCUUGGUGGAGAAAGGGGGCGAUGGAAAGGACGUCUCCCUUGACGGAUUCCUAACUGUAGCUACAAGGCUUGGUAUAGAGAUCGAGAAGAAGGGGAAAGAUGGUGCGAAUGCGUCGUUGUGAUACUCCUGAAUAGUCGCUCAGCCAUUUGAAAUCAGACAUCUUGCCAUAUGCCUUCAAUUACUCCAUCCUAAAUCACUAUUUCUGGCUAUGAGUUAUUUAUAC